AUGGAAAGGCCGAAGAGGUUGGUGCUGGUGGUGGGCGGGACGGGCGGGGUGGGGCGGCAUGUGGUGCGCGGCCUCCUGCGAGAGGUGGGCGACGGGGCCAGCCCGCGCUGGGGUGUCCGGGUUUUGUCGCGCAACGCAAACCGAGCGCGUGAGCUCUUCGCCAAGACCUCCGACGAGGCCCUCCAGGAGGUGGAGGUGGUCGAAGGCGACACCGCCAGCAACAAGGGACUUACCGAGGCCACGGCCGGCGUCGAUGCCAUCAUCUGCGCCAGUGGCGGAAGCGGUCUGGGCAGCAACUCGCCCAAGCAGGUGGACUUUGUCGGCGUCGGCCAUCUCGUGGCGGCAGCGACAUCGAGUGGGGUCAAGACGUUCGUGCUGGUUAGCUCGGCGGGUAUCACCCAGGGCAUGAUGGGGCUCAGUAUGAACCUGUUUGCGGGCAACUACGCCAAGUGGAAGAAGAGAGGCGAGGAGGUAGUGCGGGAGAGCGGCUUGGACUACACCAUCGUACGCCCCACAUGGCUCACCGACGGCGACGACAGCCUCAACGGCGUCGAGGUCAGCCAGGGCGACACCGUCUCGGUGAUGAAGACACGUGUAAACAGGAGCGCUGUCGCCGAAGCCUGCUGCGCCAGCCUCUCGCACAGGGACCUGGUCGGGCGGGUCACGUUUGAGCUGAUCGGGGUGCCCACUCGCCGCGCGGAGGACCACGCCGUCGAUUGGCGCGACCUGUUCGAAGGCCUGAACCGCGCAACACCUCGCGAGAUCUCGUCGUGA